AUGGCGCUUGUUCAACCUUUUCGCCCAAAUCAAAAAUGCAAAAAACGCUCCCACUCACUCGUUGUCGAUCUGUUAGGAUUUUCAGACCACUUGAAAAUCAUGAUGGUCACUUCGAUGUUCCGCGCCUCAGAGACCGAACCGCUCAAGCCGCUGCGCAGAAGGUCAAGUUCCUGCAGCAACCUCUACGACAGAUUCGAUGCUAAUCUUAUUUCAACUUUCCGGCUGAACCAGAAUCAACGAAGAACUUCGCUUUUACGGCCAACGAGAGAUCGUCGCGAUUCUAUUCUCAUUGCUGACAAGAAACAUAGCUUUUCGUUUCACGGAUCACGGCGGAAAUCGCUUUCGACAUCCGAUCUUCCUGGACAGCUCAAGAAGCAAAAGUCAGAGAAGAAGUUUUCGAUCAUCAGCCAGUUCCGGCCGAGCAAGCCCGAGCGGGACAUGAAGAUCAUCUUUUGGGGGGCGGAGCAAGUCGGCAAGUCAGCACUGCUUGUCCGCUUCGUCACCGGCAGAUACAUUUCCGAGUACUCCAGCCUGGUCAACUACACUGUGACGAAAACGAUAUCCACAGAGUCAAAUGUCGACGUCAAGCUAGAGGUCACCGAUCCGACUUCUUGUGCAAACUCCGGAUUGUUAAAAAAGUCGUCCUUCGAUUUACUACUGCUUGUGUUUGACUUAACGAACGCCUCGAGCUUCCGCUGGAUCAAGGAACGCGCGGAAAGAGUCAAGCACGACAUGAAGAACAACUUAAGCGUCGUUGUUCUCGGCAACAAAAAGGACCUGAGCUCGAGGAGAGAAGUUUCGACGGAAGAAGCGAGGUCCUUCUCGGAAGACAACAACUGGGUAUACUUUGAGGUUUCCGCCGCCGAGUUGCGAGACUCCGAAGAGGACGACGAGGAGUUACAAGAUCACGACAAGAGCGUGUACGACGCGCUGCAAACCGCUGUAACGGAGCUCUUCCACUUCCGCCGCAAUUUCGGAAGCCAAAAGAAAUCGAGCGGGAUGUCGAAAGGAGGCGACGAGAGACCUCCAAAGCGACGAUCCUCCACAGUACAGUACAUUUACGAGUUCGCAAGCCACGCUCGCAAAUUGACGCUCGGCUCGCGCUCCUGA